CCCGCAAAAAAGGGGCAAACGCGCGAUAAAAAUCCUUUCUUUUCCUCCCUUUUUUAGUCCCCCGCCCUCCCUUCCUCUCCUCGGCUCCGGCUGCGAGCGAAACCAACGACACCCCCAAACCGGCAAAACGUCUCCUCUCUUCCUCGCCCACCGCCCACCGCCCGCCUCCCUCUCGCCGGUCGUGCUCGCGCGUCGGUUUCGCCGCUGGAUCGGCUCGUUCCCGCUCCCGCCGACCGCUUUAGCCGCCGACUAAACCGGGCCCGCCCGUUUCCGGGGGGCGGCAACCUGUGCCUUCCGGAUCGCCCUGCGGGACGCGUCCUGUUCGCGCGCUCUGGGGUUCCGGCCCCGUCGUGGAGCGAUUCCUGUGGUGGGGAGCGAGCGAGCGCCUUACCCGCGUGCUCUGGAGGUGGGGACGUGGGGUUGAGCGAGGGGAGCUUCUCAGCGGCCGUCCAUGGCUGAGAGGCGGCCGAUCUACAGGAAGCUUGGCAAGCCCCGGCGGCCGCCGCGCUCUGACGACGGUGGACAUUUCUCAGUUCCUUUAUGGGAGAAGAAAUUUUGCACUGAUGCCUGUGCUAUCCCCUGGGGUAAAUUGUGUGAGACCAAGAGAUUGAUGUCACUGUACAAAAAUGUAGCUGACUGGGAUGAUUCAGCUGCAUUAAAAGCUUUUGAGGAUGCCAAGGCCCGCUUCUGUUGUUUAUAUCAUGGCCAACCUUGUGAUAUCCCUUUGCCUGAUCCAAACAUGUAUAUUGACAUGGUCAACCCAGAUGAACGUCUUGAUCCUGAAUUGGUGGCUGAUCUUGAGAGGUCACGCCGACCUGUUCCCAAUGUUGUUCCCGAUGGCUGGGACUCCUUUAUUUUCACAGACAAGCCAGUUCCUGUUACAGGAUGGGGUGACAUGGAGACAAGCAAUACUCCUGUCCAGCAGCUCUCUGUAAACUGGGACAAUCAUUUGGAACGGCCCAUUGAAGCAAAUUGCAAGCAAAUUUCAGUAAAUUUGGAUUGUUAUGUCAAGCAACCUGCUGAAACAAUUGUUCAGCAAAGCUCAGGCAAUUGGGACAUGUACAUGGAACAGCAAGGUCACACCAGCAGCUGGAGGGAGGAGACCAAUCCCUGCAUCACCAAUUGGAACAUGAAGGAUGACUCCCCGGAUGCAUGGAAACAUGAUAAAGGUUGGGGUUCUGCAGCUACUCAGACCGAUUCAAGGGAUAACCAUAGAGAUAGCUAUGAUGUGCCUGACAGCCAGGGCAUGUCAUAUGGACACUGGAGAAGGCGAAACAAUGAUCCAGGCAGAAGGAACAGCAGGAAUAGAGAUAGGGGAGGCCCCAUUAGCGCAAAACCCAUGAAAUCAAAGUAUCACGCAGAUGAGCACAGAGGCGCAAAUAAUGACUGGAGGUAUUGCCGAGUUAGAAAUAACAUGCAUUACUCUUAUGAGCAUGCUGGUUAUGCCAAGCAGUCGCUAGCUAUGUGAGUAAGAAGGGGCUUGCAGCAUUGAGAGAAGAUGUCAAGAUCCCCUCUCUGUCGGGCACUUAUUAGCUUUGGAGGUGUCAUUUUACACCAGUAAUAGAAAUGGUGGACAUCUUCGGAUGAGGUAAAACAGAGCUAGCAGAGAAUCCUGUAGUUUGUUUCUUCUUCUUAGAGAUGAAGAAUUGUGUAGGUUAUGUUCCCUCCAUGAAGUUGCUGUAGAUAGUACUGACUCCCUAGUCCCAACUUAGUGACGGUUUUCCUGAGCCAUUGGCCCCGUUGUGUGUGUGUAUAUGUCUCAGUAGCUUUGGUUUACUGGCUGUAUUGCAGCUUCAGUGUUGCAGUUGUGAGAAUGAAGGUGGUACCUGUUUAAUUAUUUCUUCCAAGGCGGUACAAAAAAGUAUUUUGUACUGAUUUGAAGUUAGGAUGCUUUUUUUCUGAUGGCAGGAAUAACAUCUUGUUCUCCUGUCUUGUUCAUAUA